AUGAGCACGAGCACAGUUGUUGCCUUCGUCCUGCUGCUGAGCCUGGCUGACUCCGCUCCACUGCCCUCCGACCCAGCCUCCCUGCUCGCCUCUCCGCAGAUCUGGCUUAGAGCUCAGGCUGUGGUACAGAAGAUCCUCCUCUGUCUCCCACAGCUACACGCUAAAACAGUCUCUGCAUCGCAGCUGAGCUACGAAGGCCCCACCCACCAGCUGCACCUGAUGGCGGCACAGCUGCAGGUCCCGACCCCCCCACUGCUGCAGCCACUGUCGGCGACCUUCACUGCUGGCGACAGUGUGCGGCGAAUGUGGGAGGGGCUUGUGCAGCAGCAGAGGAUUGUGGGAGAUCUGUCAACCAGACUGAGCGUGCUCAGUGACCUACAUGCCGACCUCCGAGACUUGGGGUCACAGGUUGCCACGAGCUCUGCAUCUUCCUCCGAGCUCCACAUUAAUCACAACAGAACACCACAGCUCUCGACGUUAGCCGCUGGGAACAGAGCGAACCAAACAACUCCCGUCGAUCGCACGGACUCCAACACACGCCAAGAUGAAAACGCGUACGCGCAGGCCGGUACCGUGCGCGUGCACGUGAACCCGGCUGAACCCGCGGCGCGUGCCGCAGAGCCGCCAGUGUGUAAGACCCGGACCCCCCCACGUCUCCUCCGCAUUCACCGCGAGGCCUUUGCGGCGCGCGCGGCAGAGCGGAACCCCCCCCCCCCAAGAUACACACACACACACUACACCCCCCCCACGCCGGGGCCUGUACCGAAGCCUCCGCUUCUGUAUUCAGCGCGUGUCACCGCGGCCUGCGCUGCGGAACAGCGGCGCCGCGAGCGGAAAGAGGAGCGAGGAGGGAGGGGGGGCGUCAGCACCACGGACAGCGCCUCUGCACCGGGAGGGCGCGAGGCCCGUGUCCAAACUCACAUCCUGUCUCCCACAUCACACAGCGCCUUCAGACCCAUCCCAGUCCUCCGGUCUCCCACCCGUCACCCCUCUUCCCUCUACCCUCGCCCCACUCACGCUGCGCAGCUCCGCGGUACGGUCCUUCAUGAUGCUUGUUCACAGAGGCCUCUGACUGGUCGCUCCUCGUUCGCUCCUCGUUCGCGUCGCUUUCGCUUCGCUCCUCGUUCGCGUCGCUUUCGCUUCGCUCCUCUCCGCACGCGCUGCCUCUGCGUCCCGCGGCUCGUGCGGUGUCCCGUCAGAUCAAAGGCUUGUGUCCCGGGCCUCGGUGCGGACGGUGCGGUGUGGCCCCAGCAGCAGCAGCGCGUGCACGACAGGCGGGAGCGCGCGUGGACAUGGAGCGCGCACGGAGGGGGGAGGGGGAGGGGUGAUGCUGCAGAAAAAAGAGGGAGGCAGCGCGCGUGCGCUCCCCUCCCCCCUUCAAUGAGGGGGGCGUGUCUCUGA